AUGCUCGUCAAGUUCAUCGCGUUCGCAGCGGUGCUCGCGGCCUCAGUCUCGGCCGCUACAGCGCCAGUCUAUGCCGGCUGUGUCGACUCGGCGCCGGCAGGCGCGGUGCGGCGUAUCGGCGUGCUCACGCACGAGCAGUGUCUUACUGCGUGCGCCGGCUCCAAGUUCAGCUACUUCCGCCCCGCGUCGCCCGUGUGUUUCUGCCACGACAUUGGCCCAGCAGGCACCGACCUGCGCCCGGCGCCGAGCACCGACGGCGCGUGCGGCGUCAACCGGAUGCUCGUGGAAAAACUCCUCACGUCGUACACGUUCCAGGGGUGCGCCGCGGCCGACGGCAUGACAUACUACGACGACCCGUUCGGCGCGCCCGUGUCCGACGUGCUCCAGUGCUUCAACUACUGCAACGACAACAGCCACGUGCAGUUCUGGGUCUUUGCCGUCUUUUAUGCGGGCGGCAAGCCCGGCGGGCCCAACACGGGCCCGUGGUGCCAGUGCUCCACGUCGACGAGCUACGACGUCGUGCCGUGUGACUCGUCAACGGCGUACAACUAUAACCUUGAGCGGAUCGCGAGCGCGUCCUGGGUCGUCCGGCGCGCAGACAAGCGCCGCCUCGGGGGUUCGUCACGCAAUGCGCUGUGCCCCGGGACGAAGGAGGCAUGCCUCGUCUACGAAGGCUCGGGCGGGUUCGAGUGCCUCGAUACCACGUCGGAGCUCGAGUCGUGUGGUGGGUGCAGGUACGGUGCUCUCGGCGGAAAUGCCACCGCCGUCGGCGAGGACUGUACCGUCACCCCCGGAGCUGUGGAGGGCGCGACCAGUUGCAUCAGUGGCGAGUGCGUCGCGUUUGCGUGCCUCCCCGGCUGGACACUCAUCGACGGGCGCUGCUGGGAGGCGUAG